CGGCUGCUCAGUGGAGGACAGAGCCGCCAAUCACUCGGUGUCCCCGCCCCGGUCCCGGUCCCAGCCCCAGCCCACUCUACGCCAGCUUCCUUCAGCCAGCCGGGCGCUGCAGUAACUCGCCAAGUCGUCUCCUGCCUUUAAGCAACAGCUGCAGAUCAGCUGGAGAGUCCGGAACAGGGUGUGCGGGGAGCCAGAGCCAGGACCCCCGCCCCAGCUCGGCUUCGCUGCUGCUGAAUCGGACCCAGUCACAGAGAGGAGCCGACCCCAGCCCAGCGCCUCCAGCAGCGUGUGCGGCCCGAGUGUCGCUGAGAGAGACGAUGGGGCCAGCAGCUGGACCUGCUGGGAGCGAAGAGCCGCUGCGGCAGUGCCAUGACCCUCAUCAUAACUGCAGGAAAUGUAACUACAAGAAAUAUACAAUUGUGCUCGCAGUUGCCCUCGCAAUCAUGUUGUUAGUUCUCAUCAUUGUCCUGGCAGUGUGGAGACCUCAGCUUCCGUCAGCAGAUCUGGGCCCCCCUGCUGGCCCUGCGUGCCCAGACGGCUGGAUCAGAUACCGAGGGAAAUGCUACUAUUUCUCUGAGGCCGAAAGGAACUGGACCUACAGCCUGACCUACUGCUCUGCGCUCAGCGCCUCCCUGGCUGAGAUCAACAGUGAGCAGGAAAUGGCUUUCCUGCUGCGCUAUAAAGGCAGAUUUGACCACUGGAUUGGCCUCCGGAGGGACCCUGGGCAGCUCUGGAAAUGGGCCAAUGGCACCAAAUUCAACAACCUGUUUGUGAUAGGAGGAGGAGGUGACUGCGCGUAUCUGAAUGAUGUGAAUGGGGUCAGCAGCUUGCGAUGCACCAGUGAGAGACCCUGGAUCUGCACCAAACCCGAUGCAUUUACACAGGCACAGGAGGCUGCCGUGGUAGGGGGCUCAUAAGGAGAGUACUGUGGAAUUAGUCCCGGAAAAGCCGGACUGAUCUCUUUACAAGAUCACAUCUGAGCAAUUCCGGAAUAUCGGGGAAUGCUCUGCGUAUCACUGGGCAGAGCACUGUGGACUCAGGUGAAAACCAGGGAUGCUAUUUGCACAUCUUGUCCCCCCACCCGUUGCACCUCUUUUUCUGCCAGUGGAAUGGCUCAAAUCCAGCCUUUCCAACCUCCCUCAGCUGGACCAGGAACUCUGCCUAACUGAGCCAAGGCACCAGCCUCAGCUUUCACUGCCCUGACAUUCCCCCACAGAAGCUUUUUACUAUAGAAAAUUAUCUAUGCAAUCUUUUAAAAAUAUUCAUCAUUCCCAUUCUGUGGUCUGGAAUAGAGCUGAGGGGGGAUGUUCUCCAUUCCCCCCCUCGCCCCAAGAAACUUUUUAACAAGAUUUUUUUAUGGGUCAGUUUUUGGGGUGUUUUGAAAAUCCAAUUGAUUUUGAAGUUUGCAGGUUUACACCACCAGUUCCUGGUUUUUGUUGCCAGAUAUUGCUUUGGAUGAAAGAAUGAACGUUUAAAACUGGUUUUAAUUUUCCAUUUUUAGUUUUAAGAACGCUGCACCUGCCAAGGGAGUAGAACCCCUGUUACACUCCUCAUGGGACACCUAGGGCCUGGAAAGUAGGAGUAAGAGGAGAAAUGUCUGUUCUCUCCCUUCCUGGAGCCCAGGGGGUUUGAAAAGGGCAGGGAGGGGGUCGGUGUGACACAGACAGACCAGGUGCCAGGUCAUGCCAAAGUCCCCAUGUCUGCUAUAGAUGCUUUGUAGCUUAGUUGAGUAUAUAUGUUCACCUGCUUUAGCCUUGUAAAUAAUUCUUAUUUCCUUUUUAAUAAAGUGUCAUAUAAUAA